AUGAAGCACUUUGGGCUUAUAGGAACAGCUUACAAAACCCCCAUUGGAAGGUCUCCUUUCAAUUUGCUAUAUGGGAAGGAUUGCCACUUGCCUGUGGAGGUCGAAUACAAGGCUUUAUGGGCAGUAAAGAUGCUGAACUUUGACAUAAAGGCAGCACAAGAAAGGAGGCUAAGUCUUGCAGGAAAAGGUUUUAGGAAGAAGAGGCAACCAACUCGAGGCACAACUCGAUCGAGCCCGAUCAAGCUCGAUCGAGCACGAACCCGGUCGAGUGGAGUGCCCUUGACGGCCGUCUGCCCUCUCCAUGACCACGACCUUGCCUCCCAGAUCUUUGGGGGGCACUGA